AGUGGGGCCGCACUCCCGGGAUGCCGCACCGCAUCCUUUCUGCUCGUGGGGUGGCUGUGGGGCACUGCCAGAUGGGGACGUACCUCGGGUGUGGGCUGACAGCCCCCAGCAGCACCCCAACCCCUGGCGCAGCCCCCAGCAGGGGGUCACGGGCUGUGCACCGCACUGGGGCUGGCCAGGGGUUUAAAAAUAAAUGCCUAUGAAUGCCCGGCCGAGGCUGAGGCUGGGCGCACAAUCGGAGGAAAUGCAUCGGCUUGCGAGCAUUGUUUUGCUGCAGACACUUGCUUCCUCCGUCCUGCCGUGGGGACACUGAUCUUGCAAACACAAAAGGGCUCUGGAGUGGCCCUGCAGACCCCUGAAAGCACAGCAGGUCCUGGUGCACCCUCAGCCCAGCAUGGGACAUCAUGAAUGGGUGCGUGGGGGCCAGGUGCCCCCAGUGCCUCCAGUGCCCUUUCUCCCUCCAUGCCCAGCUGUGUGCAGCCCUUCUGCUGCAGUCCCAAGGCUCUCAGGGUCUCUGUGCAGUGCAGUGGUGAUGGGGAGGGGGCUCAGCACAGCCCAUGGGGGUGAGGGGGUCUCGGUGCUGCUCUGUCCCAGCCCACAGCUGCACCCCACAGGUAUGCCACCAUGCCGAGUGCCAGCAGCUGAACCGCAGCAGCCCGCUCAGCCUGUGUGAGGCCUGCGACGGGCACCUGCACGACACCAUGCACUUCGAUGGGCACAUCCGCUUCGACCUGUCCCCACCAGGCUCCAUCCUGGCUCGCAACGUGUCCACUCGCUCGUGCCCGCCACGCACCAGCCCUGCCUCCGACAUGGAGGAUGACGACGAGGGACCAGCGGACGGGAGGGGGGACAGGAGAAGCUCGGCACUGAAGCUGCCCAAGAAGAAGGCUCGGCGCAGGCACACGGAUGACCCCAGCAAGGAGUGCUUCACCCUCAAAUUCGACCUGAAUGUUGAUAUCGAGGCAGAGAUCGUGCCGGCCAUGAAGAAGAAGUCCCUGGGGGACGUGCUGCUGCCGGUCUUUGAGAGGAGGGCAAUUGAGCACAGCAAGGUGGACAUCUACCUGGACCAGUCCAACACACCACUCUCCCUCCAGUUUGAGGCGUACCGCUUCGGGGGACACUACCUGCGGGUGAAAGCCAAGCCUGGGGACGAGCUGAAGGUGGAGCAGGCGGCACGGGAUGCACGCUCAGCCAGCCUGCCCAUCCUGCGCCCCGCCAGCACCGCUGCACUCCUUGGGACAGGGCUGGAUCCAGGGCCAGGCCGUAGGGAGGGCGCUGACAUCCUGGCUCCGGGCAGGCGGCGGAAGAACAUGACGGAGUUCCUGGGGGACGCCAGCAUCCCCAGCCCUGAGCCAUCCCUGCAUGGCAGUGGCUCUCUGCCCACCAAUGGCACCGACACCUGGAAGAACCGUGCUGCCAGCCGCUUCAGUGGCUUCUUCAGCUCCAGCACCAGCACUGGCCCCUUUGGGCGGCAGGAGGUGGACAAGAUGGAGCAGCUGGAAAGCAAGCUGCACACCUACAGCAGCUUUGGGCUGCCCAAACUACCACCGCAGCUCCGCUUCGACCAGGACUCCUGGGAGGAGGAUGGGGACGACAGCAGCCUGGUGCUAGAGGACAGCUGGCAGCAAAUCAUUGAGGGCACGGAGGCCCUGACGCGCCGGCAGUGCCACCAGCAGGAAGCCAUCUGGGAGCUGCUGCACACUGAGGCCACCUACAUCCGAAAGCUAAAGGUCAUCACUGAUCUCUUCCUCUGUUGCCUGCUGAACCUUCAGGAGUCAGGGCUGCUGUGUGAGGUGGAUGCUGAGCGUCUGUUUGGCAAUAUUGGGGAGAUCAUCCAGCUGCACCGCAGCCUGUGGAGCAGCGUCAUGGCCCCGGUGCUGGACAAGGCCCGCCGGACCAAGGUGCUGCUUGACCCCAUGGACUUCCUCAAGGGCUUCAAGACGUUUGGAACGCUCUUCAAGCCCUAUAUCCAGUACUGCAUGGAGGAGGAGGGCUGCAUGGAGUACAUGCGCAAUCUGCUGCGCGACAGCGAGCUCUUCCGUGCCUAUGUGACGUGGGCCGAGAAGCACAAGCAGUGCAGCCGCCUGAAGCUCAGCGACAUGCUGGUGAAGCCGCACCAGCGCCUCACCAAGUACCCACUGCUCCUCAAGUCCGUGCUGAAGAAGACGGACGAUGCACGCACCCGUGAUGCCAUCCUCACCAUGAUCGGCUCUGUGGAGCACUUCAUCAACCACGUCAACUCGCGGAUGCGGCAGCGGCAGGAGCAGCAGCGCCUGGCCGCCAUCCUCAGCCGCAUCGAUGCCUAUGAGGUGGUGGAGGGCAGCACGGACGAGGUGGACAAGCUGCUGAAGGAGUUCCUGCGGCUGGACCUGACGGCCCCCAUGCCUGGCACCUCCCCAGAUGACACCCGGCAGCUUCUGCUCGAAGGCAGCCUGAAGAUGCGGGAAGGUAAAGACAGCAAGAUGGACGUCUACUGCUUCCUCUUCACCGACCUCUUCCUCAUCACCAAGCCCGUCAAGAAGGCUGAGCGCACCAAGGUGAUCCGACAGCCCUUGCUGGUGGACAAAGUCAUCUGCCGGGAGCUGAAGGACCCGGGCUCCUUCCUCCUCAUCUACCUGAAUGAGUUUGGCAGCGCCGUGGCUGCCUACACCUUCCAGGCCAGUGGGCAGUCGCUGUGCCGCAGCUGGGUCGAGGCGCUGCACAAUGCACAGAACCUGCUGCAGCGGCUGCGGCUGCAGGAGCAGCAGCGUGGGCAGUGCCGGCGCCUGCAGGAGGAGGAGGAAGAUGAGGAGGAUGGUGAGAGCAGCACCUCAACCGCCAGCUCGCCCACGGUGCUGCGCCGCAGCAGCACCAGCCUGGACUCCCAGCAGUGGUAUGAGUGGGACAGGGGCACUGUGACCACGUCUGCGGCGCAGCCUCCUCCUCACCUUCCCCUCUUUCGCAGCCCCUCGGACGGCUCCACCGAGACCAUCUCAGUGGUGGUGGUGGACGGCGGCGAUGAGCUCUCCUCCCCAGACUCAGACGUGGGGCCGUUUGGUUCACCGUCAGACAGCACCUCUGUCAGCACUGGUACCUCCGUCAGCACCGCCACCGGCACCUCUGGCAGCACCCCAACCCACGAGCUGCCCUCUGGCAGCCUGCCCCUGCCCCCCAGCGCCACUGCACAGCCUGGCAGCUUCUGCUCGGCGUCCAUCGACAGUGCCUACGGCACACUCUCACCCGCCUCACCACGGGACUUUCCCCGGCAGCAGGAUGUAGGGGCUGAGGAGGGGCCAGAAGCCCUGGCCCCACAGCCCCCCUCGCCCCGGCUGCGCCGUCGGACGCCUGUGCAGCUCCUGCCCUGCAAGGCCCGAGUGCUCAAGUCCAAGUCAGAGGCCAGCCUGCUUCAACUGCUGGCCGGACCCCCUACCCCACUCAACCAGAGCCGGAGCCUCUCUGACCUAUGCAUGGCCCCUCCUGCUCCCCCACUGCUCCAGCGGACUAGCCAUUCCCCGGAGCUCCUGGCCCCCGGUGCCAGCAGCAGCAGUAGUGGUGACUCCACUUCAGAGCUCUCAGAGCCGGAGGAGCCCAUGGAGCCCCAUGUACCCACCGUGGGCCAGCCCAGCCACAGCCCUCAGCCCCCUGCCCACCGCACGCUCUCAGACUCCUCCUCAGCGCAGCACCGCAAGCUGACGCUGGCACAGCUCUACCGAAUACGGACCACACUGCUCCUCAACUCCACGCUGACAGCCUCGGAGGUCUGAGAGCUGCCGGGGCAGCGAGGAUGAGGAUGGACGUGCGGCUGCUCCAAGAGCUCUUCCUGCUUCUAACCGUAGCGUAACGUCGGGGCUGGGCAGAGAGGGCACCCACCAGCUUGUGCCAGGAUGUCACACGUGGGGGACACAGAGCAGUCCCAUCUGGGAGGAUGCAUUCCUGCAGGGCAGCACCGGGCUGCCCAUUGCUACCCAGGGGUGUCCAUGUGGGGCUGGACAUGGCGCACUGUGUGGUCAUGGGGCUGCGCCUGGGGAGGCCAUGGGCUCCGCAGCUCCAUGCAAGGAGGAGGGAUGGCGACGUCGGCAGCGGGGAGUGGGGAAGGUGUGAGAUGGCCGCGGGGUGGGCAGCACAGGGCUGCUGGCAUGUGGGGCGGGAGGCGGGGGGUGGUGAGACGAGGGGACAGGGCUGAGCUGGGGCUAGCAGUGGCCACAGGGUCUGGCCAGGGCAUGGUUUGGUGGCCAGGGAGUAGGAGCGUGGGAGCUGCGGUGGCCGAGAGCUGGGUGCCGUCCUGUGCUGGGCUGGUGGGGAGCUACUGCCUGUUGACACAGCCCACACCGGAGUGGGAUGCCACUGCAGAGUGCGUAUUUAUUGAGCUUCAGGCUGUCCCUGUAGCAGUGCUGCCUGCUGGCACUGGGAGGUGGCGGUGGCUGCACUGUGGGCAUGUACUGGCCGUGGCACCUGUGCUGGCUGCGGUGCGGUCCAGCCAAGCAAUAAACCUUGCUGUGUGCA